GUAGUGUGUAGUAUCAUGUUGACGUUUUCAUUCAACAGGACAUCAACCGCCCGAUCGUUGUGGCGUGACGUCAUCACUAUGGAUCUGACGACGCGGGAACUCAAACGACGUUACCACUUGGUUCUCAGCUGGUAGUUAAGAAAUUGCUGUGAUGAUGGCUGUGAAUGUGCAUUUUACCUCGGGGACCAGUGACAACCUUAGUCGUCAUGACAUCCUUGUGUGGAUAAACGCAACUUUGAAAACAAACCUGACGAAGAUUGAGUCAAUGUGCUCAGGGGCUGCCUAUUGCAAGCUGAUGGACUUGUUGUUUGAAGACUGUGUGCCUCUGAAGAAGGUCAAAUUCCAGGCAAGGCUGGAACAUGAAUUCAUCCACAAUUUCAAGAUACUGCAAGUCAGCUUCAGGAAAAUGCAUGUUGACAAAGUCAUCCCUGUGGAGAAACUGGUCCGAGGGAAGUUCCAAGACAACUUUGAGUUUGUGCAGUGGUUCAAGAAAUUCUUUGAUGCCAACUACUCUUGCCAUCAAAGGCAAGACUGUAACCUACUGGAAGUCAAAGUAGACCAAGAGACUGUUCCAGCCAUUGAAUCCUCAGAGUCCACUCCCAGCACAGCCAAAGUGCUCAACUCUGAGUACAGCGGUGAUCAUGCCCCCCAGCUGUCGACAGUGGCAGAUGUGCAGAGUGUUCCAUCCAAGAUGGCAGAUGAUCAGGAGCUGGGGCCAAUGUCAGGCUGCGUUGCCAAGAAGAGGGCUGAUCUGGUGCAAGAGGUGGCCGUGCUGCAGUCUGUCCUGCGGGACACAGAGAAGGAGAGGGAUUUCUACUUUGCUAAACUGCAGAGCAUCGAGUUAAUCUGCCAGGAGAAAGAGGGAGAGGGUGACUCAACAUUGAAAACCAUCCUGGAGGUCCUUUAUGCGAUAGAGGAGGGUUUUGUCAUACCCAGUUCAUCACUGGAGACCCAGGACGACUGCUGAUGAUAAAGAUAGGACCCUACUACCCUCAUUUCAACAUUAACCCCACCUCUCCUGUCCUAUUUACCCAGUGUCUGUUUGCUGCCUUGUUGAUCUGUGGUUCUGCGUCCAAACAAACCUCUUUGGAGGUUUCCUUAGAGGGCACGUUGUAUUAAUGCAACUGAAAAUAUGGACUAUACCAGUGGUUUCCCAACCUCAGUCCUGGGGAGCCCAUGUUGCUGGUUUUUGUUCCAACCACAACUGCAAUCCCAGAAUUUUAGUAAGAUGUAAAUUUUUAUUAAUUAGGUGCUUUUCAUGUUUAUCUUCAGGGAUUAUUUUCCCUCAAGCCACAUUAGGUAAUAGCUAUCCAUGCAAUGUAGAAUAAACCUCCCAUAUUCACAUUGUGCUAUAUUGCAAAUAAUUUAAUUUUAAAGAGAAAACUAAAUUAUUUAAAUUUAAAAUUAGAAUGUAGUGGAUCAAUAGGCUCCUAAUUGGUGAAAGUGUGGACACAUGGCCAACAAAACCAUUAGCUAUUUGGUAGAUUGUGACAAAUUACAAGACAAACCUAGUGUUAGUGAAUUUUCUUCAUGGAAAAAAUUCUGAAAGAUCAAGUGUUCAGCAACCUAAUUAGGAGCCUUUUGAUUCACCAGUCUAAUUUGAUCAGUAAAAAAAUUUUGUAACCUCUUUAUGUAAUUGUUUCCGAUAAACCACAAUAAGAACAAUGGCCCUCAUUCACAGAAUUUUUCUUUAAUUAUUAAAACUUUUGUUCUUAAAAAAUUCUGAUUGCAACUGCAGUUAGAACAUUAACCAACAUACACAGGGGGUCCCCAAGAACGAGGUUGGGGACCACUGGUCUCUACAAACAUGUACUUUGAGUAACUUAUCCUGGCAUGUUAUUCUCUGCAUUGAAUGGGUUUCUAUACUUUGUUGAUUUGCCUGAUAUUUAAUGAAUGGCUGCUGCUCCACAGCUGCCUUUGCUUUGAGUUGCAUUUGGUAAUUACUUGUUCCACCAUUUUUUGUUAUUGUGAAGUUUUUAAAUCCUUCCAAAAAGGCAGAAUUCAGUAUGAAUUCAGUGAAACUGGCAACAGAAUAAAAGUGAUGGAUGCCUUGG